UGUAACGUGGACGUAGCAUAACAGCUGUGAAGUUUAAAUCUGGUUUAUUUGUAAACACAGAUUAUUUAAAUAUCUUCCAUUGUCUGCUCACACCUGACAACACCAUCGACAGUGAGGUUAAUCUGAGCAGUGGAGGUCGUCGCUCCAGCUCGCCUCCAUCGACAUGCCCCAGGUGGAGUGGGCUGAGGCUCAGCUCGCAGAGAUCGAGCUGCUGACCAGCAUGUUCCCCAGCGUGGAGGAGCUGGAGCUCACAGACCAGCUGGCCGUGGCUGAGCUCAGGGACUUUGUGGAGGGGUCGGACUCAGCACACACCCCCCCUCGUCCCCACAGACCCCAGUUUCUCAUCAAACAGAGGCUGGACACCGCAAACACGGGCAUGACGGACGUCAUUCUGUCCUGUGCUUAUCCAACUGAAUAUCCCAGUGUGUUACCAGAGAUAACAGUCCGGUGUGCUGGUCUCAGUCGGGCCCAGCAGACGCAGCUCCACACAGCGCUCAACGCUCACCUGGUGGAAAACUGCCUGGGGGAAGUGUGUGUGCUCUCUGCGGUGGACUGGGUGAAAGACAACCUGCAGCUCUUCAUAAGCAAGAGUUUAACAGCAGCACCGGCCCCAAAGAAAGAGGCGCCUCCCCGGGCGGAGGAGGUGUUCACCCGACUGUGGAUCUACAGCCACCACAUCUACAACAAGACCAAGAGGAAGAACAUCCUGGAGUGGUCCAAGGAGCUCGGCCUGUCUGGGUUCAGCAUGCCAGGGAAGCCUGGAGUCGUGUGUGUGGAAGGGCUUCAGUCCACCUGCGAGGAGUUCUGGUCCAGAGUGAAGGUUCUGACAUGGAAGAAGAUCAUGAUUCGACACAGGGAGGAUAUUCCCCUUGAUCGUCAGUGCAAGGACAGCAGGACUGGGGAAAGUGUGGAAUCCUUGCGCAAAUUCACAGGCUUUGAAGAGGCCAUGUUCGCCCCCCAUGGGAACAGAGGGAAUCACAUGGACCUUGGGCAACUCUACCAGUUCUUAAGCGAGAAAGGCUGCUGUGACGUGUUUCAGAUGUAUUUUGGCAUUGAAGGGAGGUAGGGGUCAAACUUGGAGCCGUGCAUUUGAAAGUGGUCGUUUCGUUUUAUGUGUGUUACGUGCUCACAACUGCAUCGUGAGCCCGUGGUCACAUGUGCCUGAUAAACUGAAAUAAACGAGACACCUUUUUUAUGGAAAGUUGCUCAGCUGUUCCACCGGGACCUCAUUGGAAUAAAAGACAGAAACAACAUUUCUGCAAUCCUGAGACACACGGCUCUUGCUCUUUGCAGCUAAUAGGCAUAUUUUUCAAAAAGAAGUAUUAAAAAGAUGUUUACCUGAGCAUUUUCUCAAGGACCUCAGUUCAAUUUGCAAUUUUAAUACUCCUAUGUGCCACAGAUCACAUCUUGCCCCAGGUGUUUCUCCCCUCAAAUGGCACCACUGUGUAUUGCUACCAGGCUAUUACAGGAUUUUCAGGUCUGAUACCGCAUUAAUAAUUGGACAACAUAGACAACAAUAUACUGGGUAUCUGUUUAUGAAAUCUGUUGAUUUUCUUUCUUCUUAUGAAUUAUAGAUAAAACAACCGUGGAAAGACUUUCUCCAAUUUUCUUGGAAUGAUUAUCUGAUGAAUUGUGCAGAGUUGUGGAUUAUACUCAAGCAAUUAAAAAAUCUGGGUAUUGAACAUGACUCAUAUUGAUAAACCCUUAAGACUGAAAAAAAAAUGACUUUUAUGUCUUUUUUGUUCCUCUGGGGUUCGAUGAACAUUUUAUAUGAUUCCGUUAGAAAUUAAUUAAGCAAACUAAUCCGCAUAUUGUCCUUUUAGUAUGACUCGUCCUAUAUGUAGAGUUUUUGAUUUAACAAAUAAUAGAAGUUGCAGGUAUUAUAUUGGAUUUACUUGCAAAUUUGCUUGGUGUACACUUGCCAGCAGAUGGCAGCAUUAUAUUACCAAAAUUGGAAAGUAAGAAAAGUUGUCUCUGAUUUCAAAACUAACACAUGGCAUAACCUCAAUGACCUCUGUUAGAAAAAUAUAUAGGGCAACAAUGAUUGUGUUUUUUCAAUUCACAUGUUAUCUUGAUCAAACGUGAGUAUAUAUAUUUAACUGUUGUGAAUUUAGCCUGCAUAUUUAAAGGUAAGGCCUCGUCACAGGAAUCUUUUUGGAGGAGAGUCUUUAACCUGAAUCAGUCAGCAGAUACCUCUCAUCAUAAAUGUGCUGUAUAUACUAAGUCUUCUGUCUUUUAAACAAUCAGAAAUGAUAUGAAUGUGGACAGACUCAUCAUUGUUCUCCCUUCAGACACCCAGAUAAUUUACUAUUUGUAAACUGUUAAAUAUGCAAGAGCUCUCUUUCCUGUAUUGUUUGGAUUGUCUGGAAAUCUGGUCUGUUUUUGUAAAUCUAAAUAUCACACCGCCGUGAUUUAAUGUAACGACUUGCUUCGUUUCAUAAUAGCUUUAUUAUAACAAGGACCA